UUAAUAUUAUAUUUUUGUUUGUUUGACAAUAAUAUUAUAUAACCGAUAUCUCAUAUAUAUGGCAUUUAUUUAGGAAUACAAAUUUUUACACAAUGAACAUAACUGCUGACCGAUUAUUGGCCGCCGGAGUCUUAUUUUUGGUGACUCUACUGGUCGGUACAGUUCCCAUAUAUUUGAUCCGAAUGUGGACCCGAAGGAGAUUGUCGAAGACAGUGAUAAUAACGACCAACGAUAGUCGUAAUAAGACAAGUGUUUUAUCGUCCAAUUUUUAUAUACAAAUAUUGACUCAAAUUGGAGGCGGAGUCCUAUUCUUUACGGUGUUUGUCCAUAUGAUGCCAGAGAUUCGCGAAAACUACGAGAAAUAUUUAGCCACAAAUACUUCAAUUUUUACCGAUCGGAACAGUAUAUUGAAAAAACUGGAACCAUUAAAACUGCCGUACCUCGAACUGGCCAUUAGUAUUGGCUUUUUUGGAGUUUAUUUGGCCGAAGUUUUAAUGCACUCAUUGCUCGGUAAUCACGACUCGAGUGAUAAAUUAAAAGAGGAAAUCUAUGAUUUUGACAAAAAAUCUGUAAUCAGUACAGUCGAGUCAGACACCAGUACUGGAACUCCUGUGGCUAAAGAUGAAGAGCCGGUGCUAAUAGCUAUCCGAUGCCAUAAAGCAAAAUGUGAUAUUGACACUCAUGAGCACGAUUUGGUUAAGACAGAUGCACUAUAUGUACGUGCAUUGCAUGCAUUGGUCAUUAUAUUUGCCUUUUCUAUACACUCGGUGUUUGAUGGCAUAUCCAUCGGUGUAAAGACAAAUACAGUAGAGAUCUGGACAAUGUUUAUAGCCAUUGGCAGUCAUAAGCUUUUGGUGGCACUUAUAGUCGGUGUUGAACUGUAUGAAAAAUGUGUUAACUUUCUACUGUUCCUCUUCAAUAUGAUACUGUUUUCCAUUAUGUCUCCUAUUGGUAUCAUAACAAUGGUUAUUACAGAAAAUACAAUGAACGCCGAAGACAAUGAAGUUAAUCCGGUGACUAUAUUUCUCAGUGCCAUCGCCUCGGGAACCAUACUCUACAUCGUAUUCUUUGAAAUAUUACAGAAGGAAAGGGCAACUAAAUUAAAGCCAAUCAUACAGUUGUCCUCCAUAUUUGUCGGAUAUAUUUUAAUGCUUUUAGUAACCACUUGUUUAAGGGAAGAGUAGAUAAAUAGACAAAUAGAUAGAUUAAGGGAAAGAGAGAGAGAGAGAGAGAGAGAGAGAUAAAAAGUAAGCUGUUUAUCAUUGAAUUAAAUAUACAGUAUAUUAUGUCUGAAUCAUUUAAUUUCUUAUAUAUAUAUAUUAACAUUAACAUCAAAAGAAAAGUGUUUUUUAAUUAUUAAGUGAUAUUUUGUUUGCUCCAA